CUCAGAAGAGCCACCCACCAGUGGGGAAUCCCUCGCAGCUCAGCGAUGUCGUGGCCUCGAGGUUCUCACUGUGCAAAGACCCACCGGCUCAUCACCAUGCUGAGCAGGGAUUCAACGUCAAUGUCGACGACAGGUUAGCAGUAUUUAAUCUGAUAAAAUCAUGGAUCGAUCUGAUAAUGGUCUAUUCUACAAUUCUGCAAGGAGUAGGUCGGUCUUUCCACAAUCUUUCAUUCUGCAGUAAUUAUGGAUGCCUUCGGAGAGAGCCAUGGCAAGUCGGAGCUUCGAGCCAUCUCGAGCAGUCACAGUGACGGUGACUCUGAAGAGCAUGGCAGAAAGCCGGUUCCCUUGAGCAUGAAGAUCAUCUCGGUUGCGGUUGUCAGUAUGAUUGGAUUUGGUGGCCACUGGAGCAGUGGCGUAACCGGAGCGCUGAAGAGUACUUUGAAGAAGGAGCUGAACAUCAACAACACCCAAUAUGCCAUCCUCCAGUCAAGCGAGAACUUCAUCAAGGCCACCCUGAUCCUGCCCAGCGGCGUUCUGACCGAUCGGUACGGAGGUGCCAGUGCCAUGCUCUGGGGAAACGCUGUUUUCAGUGUCGGUGCCAUUCUGAUCGCCGCAGCGACCACCGUGCAAAACUUCAAGUUCAUGAUCUUUGGCGUCGUUGUCCAAGCCCUCGGUGAUGUUGCAACCCAAGUCGCUCAGUACAAGAUCUUCUCAUCCUGGUUUGCGCCCUCCGAUGGGUUUGCGUCAACCCUGGCCUUCGAGCUCGCGAUUGGCAAGAUUGGAUCUUUUGUUGGAAAAUCCACGGCUAACGUCAUCUCCGCGAACCUCGGCGACUUCAGCUGGGCUUACUGGAUGUCGGUAUUCAUGAAUCUCUUCACCAACGUAGCCACCCUGUUCUUCUGGUGGUUCACCCGCUGGUGCGGGAAGCGUUAUGCGGGAACACGAGACCCGGCUACUCGCGAGAAGCUGACCGAGAGUAACCGGAAGUUCGAGAUCAAGAAGAUGCUGCGACUCCCCUGGUCGUUUUGGCUCAUUUGUCUGUUUUCGCUUUGCCAGACUUCGACAGCCAACAUUUUCUCUUCCAAUGGUACCGAACUUGCCGAGCAGCGCUUCGACAUUUCAGCCGUACAAGCUGGUUGGUAUUCUGCCGCGUCACAAUACCUAGGGUUCUUCUUUGUCCCCCUGGUCGGCAUCUUCAUUGACGUUCUUGGACGACGCCUCACUGUGAUGCUUGUAUGCGGCCUAGGCAUGCUACUCGCCAUGUGUUUGGCCAUGUGGGGACCCACGGUGUCAGGAACAGCAGCUAGCUUUGCCAUCUACGCUGUGGCCUCUUCGCUCGGCCCCACGGUCAUUAUCGACGGCAUUCGCACGUCCAUGUUCUAUCAGGAGGUAUUUGGUUCGGGCUAUGCGAUCAAGAUUGCUAUCAACAAUAGCAUGACCAUCAUCGUCGACAUAGUAGCAGGCAUCAUUCAAGACCGAGAUAACAACAGCUACGACAACGUUAUCAUCUUGUAUGUCGUUCUAGCGGCCGGGUCCGUGGUUGUCGGCGCUCUCAUGGUCAUCCUGGGUUACCUUAGUAACCUCAUAGCUUUUCUCCAAUGGAGCCGGAAGAAGCGCGUGCUCAAUGGUCAAGUCGUCAACGAUGAAAAGAAAGCUUUUGAAACUGACGGGCGUGCUGACUGGAAUCGGAAGCUCAGUACGAUCAAUUUUGGAGCGGUCAUUGCCUUGGUCCUCGGUGCCUGGGUGGCAUAUUUCUGGGCCAUUGCAACUGGCCACAAUUACUGAAUAGCAGGGGAAUCGCCAUAUGCGAAGCUUGGGGACCAUGCUUCUGCCAUUGAUCAGGCUAAGAGGAAGCAGGAGAUUCGCAAUUUCGUCCUCUAGACCUGCUUGUAUCUCCAAGUAACAGGCAGGCAAACCCAUAAUGUAAACUCAUGAGACAGACAGUCGUCCAUCAA